UAUCUUCUAUUCAGUGAUCUGUCAUCUAAGCAAAUUAUCUGAAAAUCGUAAAGAAACAUCCAGACACCAGGACUACAAGAAUUACAGCUGUGAGUGGAAUAGAUUGGAGAUUUUCACGCUAUGUUAAUUGAGGAGCGUAUAUUAACACUUUUCAGAAGGAACUGUCAACAUACACUGACAUACUGGAGUGUGUUCUUCAGCUUUGGACUGAGCAUAGCCUUUCUGGGGCCAACGAUCCAAGAUCUGAAAUGCCAGACUGGAUCCACGUUACAGGAGAUCACCUGGGUGUUCUUCUCCCAGCAGUUCUGCCUGCUCAUCGGGAGCUCGAUUGGAGGAGCUUUCACAAAAACGUUGUUCUGGGCCCUCAUCGCUCUCUUCCUCUCCUCCCUCAUCAUCUCUGUGGUUUUUGCUAUCAUCCCACUUUGCUAUAAUGUGCUGUUGCUGGCGGUUGCUAUGGCAGCGUCAGGCCUGGCCAUGGGCAUCAUCGACACUAUUGCAAACAUCCAACUGGUGUCCAUUUAUAAGAAAGACUCUGCUAUCUUUCUACAGGCACUGCACUUCUUCAUUGGGCUCGGUGCUCUGGUGAGCCCCCUGAUUGCAGACCCUUUCAUAUCAGAGCACUGCCCGGGCAGUAAUAGCACAGAAAAUGCCACAGAGAUAAUUCACCACUUCAGAUCCAGCUUCAGGUCACCUGUAAUCCUCACUGAGAGUUCCCCACACUCAGAGCCGCUGGAGGAGAAGGCCAACGUGGCGUAUGCCUUCUGGAUCAUGGCUCUCAUAAAUUUGCCCGUGCCGAUUGCAGUUUUUGUGCUGAUGUACCAAGAGAAGCUGCUCCCCUUCUGCCCAAAUAGCACACCACGACUGCUGGACAAAGAUGAGCUGGCCAUGGAGACUAAAGCACCAGAAGGCACAGAAAUAUCUGAACCAGACGAUGCAGGUUUUCAUCAUGGAGGACAUGGAAACAUCUUCAGCUGCUGUAUGAAUGGUAGCCUGCGUGGGUUACCGGUCACAUUUUUUGGUAUCCACAUCUUAGGCGGUUUGGUCUUAUUCAUGACGGAAGGUAUUAUGGGGGUCUACGCCGGAUUUGUUUAUACGUAUGCCGUUUCGGCUCCCAUGUCUCUGCACGCUAAAAUGGCAGCAUACCUGAACUGUAUCUUCUGGGCUGCUGUCACAGCUGGACGACUGGUGUCCAUCCCGCUGUCAUACCGAUUCAGAUCUGUGCAUCUGCUGGUCGUGAACCUGGCUGGUGUGAUUGUAACAUUGCUGCUGUUACUGAUCCUCUACACAAACAGAGUGUUUCUGUUUGUUGGGACGACCUUGCUUGGGCUUUUCAUCAGCAGUGUUUUUCCCUGCCUAGUGGCCUACACUGAGGACAUCCUAGAGUACCGUGGAUGUGCAACAACAGUCUUAGUGACAACUGCUGGAAUGGGUGAGAUGACGUUGCAGGUGUUGGUUGGAUCACUAAUUCAGAAAAAAGGCACUUACAGUUUUUUGGUGUGUGGUUUGGCCAUCGGAUGCCUCGGUUUCAUCUUUUUUCUCAGCGUGAUCCUGUGCAACCACAUCCACAGAAAUCUUACAGGAGCAUCUAAAAAAGCAGCCAUGGUGGAAGCGCCACCAGCACCUGCUCCACCUGCUUCAGAGAAAGUAGCUCCAGAACAGAAAGUUGCUGUAAUACAAACUGAAUCUUUUAAAUGUGACUCUGGAUGAGACUAUUCAUGGGUCAUUACCUGCUGGAAAUACUUAAUGAUGCAACUGUAAACUUUCAUGUGCUUUCAUUAACCUAUUUGUGUAUUUUUAUGUAUUUCUGCUGUUUGGUAUUGGUAUAUAUAUAUUUUUUUUGUUUAUUUGAUGUUCAGUUUCUCACAGAUAAUCUUGACCGUUAAAUUAUGAAUAUUAUUGGAAUUUAAGGUCUAAAAAAUUUGAGAAAUCUUUAAUUACAGGAGGGGAAUUUACUUACCCAAUACUUUACCCAAGAAUGAAAAUCAUUGACACUAAAUGAUAUACCAGAUUAAACUCUUGUUUAAUAAUUCACCAAUCUGAAGCAGAAAAUUCCUAGAACUUCCAAGUCAUUCCUAUUUUUUUUUUUUUUUUUUUGGUUAAACUGGUCUGAGGCUGGAGUUCAUGGAGUAAUGUACUGUAUUUACAUAAAAAUAAAUAAACUCAUGAUGACUAAGGCAAUCAAUUCUUUGCA